GUUGCUGCUUGUUGCCCGAGGCCCCUGCCCAGUGGUAGGUUGCCGCCUGUUGCCCGAGGCCCCUGCCCAGUGGUAGGUUGCCACCUGUUGCCCGAGCCCCUGCCCAGGGGUAGGUUGCCGCCUGUUGACCGAGGCCCCUGCCCAGUGGUAGGUUGCCGCCUGUUGCCAGAGACCCCUGUCCAGGGGUAGAUUGCUGCCUGUUUCCCGAGGCCCCUGCCCAGGGGUAGGUUGCCACCUGUUGCCGCCUGUUGCC